AUGGCUGGGGUAUCGAUCAGGCCCUCAUUGGCCUGCUUGCGAUUCCUUCGAUCAGGAACAAUCACAUCGAAGCAUUCUCUGCUACGUCCUAUCAGAUCGAACCUCAUGCAAAGCUCCUCUUCAAAUCCUCCCGUGAUUCAAGCUUCAUCACGAUGCAACCGCUCAUUUUCCACGGUGCCAGCUCGUCAAGAUUGGUUGACGCCCAAGAGACCAGAAAAGAGGAAGUCCAUGGUAGGACGACCCCGAAUGCCCACGGGGGGAUCAGUGCGCGGCACGACUGUUGUUUGGGGAGAUUAUGGUUUGCGGAUGAAAGACCACGAUCGAAGAGUAUCGGCAAAACAGCUCAGAGUCGCCGAAGAAACAAUUCAUAGACGACUUCGAGGAGAGAAUUACAAACUAUACAAAAGAGUCAGCGCCAAUAUUGGUGUUUACACCAAAGGCAGUGACGUGCGUAUGGGCAAAGGAAAGGGUAAAUUCGAUUAUUGGGCAGCCCGAAUCCCUGUUAGCAGAAUCGUGUUCGAGCUCAAAGGUGAUCUUCAUGAACAGGUGUUCAGGGAAGCAUUCAGGCUGGCUGGCAACAAGUUGCCGGGCCUAUGGGAGUUUGUAAAGAAGGGGGACCCGCCUGUUGUUGGUAUCACAAAAUUGGGCAAUGGGGUGACAUUGGAAACGCUGAAGCUGGCUAGAAGAGAGGUGGAACCGAAGGACAAAGAGCCACAGCCGAUUGUACCUCCUAUGACAGGAUCACUCCCUCGGACUGGUGCCACCAAAUUGGACUAG